UUCACGCAGAGCUGACCAAUUCCAAUAUGGUGGCCAGCUUGGCAGGUCUACGGUUCCUGUUGAUGAUAUUGUUGCUUUACGGGAUCAGGUUGGGUGCCUGCGACCUAGAAGCCCCGCUGGUAGUGGGGCUGCGACUGGAAGACCCCGAAUCGUUAGUGUGCAUGAAAGAUCGGAUAAUUUCGGCCCCUCAUGGAUCUACCUUCAGGUUGCGUCUGUUUGGGACUAACCUGAAUGGGAGUUGGCCGUGGGUCUCGUUCGCAGGGGCGGCUGGGGGAGCUGCAUUGGCCGUGGAAGAUGCGCCUGACCCGUGCGAGAAGGAAUCAAACAGACAAGGGUCCUCUUUCCGGUUGAGUGGAAAGUUUGUGCAGGACGAGAAGCACAGCGGUGUUAUAACGGUACAGGUACUCAAGACGAGCGCAUCAGAUGAAGCAUCGACCAGUGGCCAGACAUACCACCACCUCUGUGUCCUGAGCAGCGGGAUCUGGGCAUCUGUUGGCCCAGACAGGCUGCGGGUACAAACCGAGAGCUCUCUACCGCCAGAUUACAUCCCUCCCUGGGCACUGGCGGUACUGGUGGUAUUGAUGCUCCUCUUCUGCGCGGUGCUCAGGACUCUGCACUUCAGUCUACUUUGGCUAGAUCCCGUUGAGCUCUAUGUUCUUCACAGCUGUGGCUCUGAAGAGGAAAAACGGACCGCCAAGCGCCUGGAGCCUGUCAGACGGAGGGGAAACUUUAUGACGUGCUCCUUGCUGUUUCUCUGUGCGCUUGGAUGUUCGGUGCUGGCUGUGCUCCUCUACAGAGCACUGGGCUCAACUGUCUCGGCAGUUUUCACCAGUGGCUUCCUCAUCUUUUUUAUUGUUGAAUUGGUGCCUCACAUUGUAUGCUCUGGUUAUGGAUUCCAAUUAGCUCCUGCUCUCACCUGGCUGGCCCAGGUGUCAAUGGUGCUCACCUGCCCCCUGUCUUGUCCCCUGGGGCUCAUCUUGGACCUAGUUCUGAGGAGAGACAUCAGCACCUGCGGGAUCAGGGAGAAGGUCAUGGAGAUGGUGCGAACAAAUGUCAAUGACCCUUAUAGUGAGUUUGUGAAAGAGGAAUUUAGUCGUGGGACACUGCGCACUAAAACAGUGGAGGACAUCCUGACUCCUUUAAAAGACUGCUUCAUGCUUCCCAGUUCUGCUGUGCUGGACUUUUCCACCAUGUCGGAGAUAAUGCAGUGUGGUUACACCCGUGUACCCAUAUAUGAGGAGGAGAGGUCCAACAUUGUGGAAAUACUUUAUGUGAAAGACUUGGCUCUAGUGGACCCAGAUGACUGUACACCCAUGACGACAAUUACCAAGUUCUACAAUCAUCCACUGCACUUUGUCUUUAAUGACACCAAACUGGAUGCCAUGUUGGAGGAGUUCAAGAAAGGCAACUCUCACAUGGCCAUUGUCCAGAAGGUCAAUAAUGAAGGGGAGGGCGAUCCUUUUUAUGAGGUGCUGGGACUGGUCACUUUAGAGGACGUCAUUGAAGAGAUCAUCAAAUCAGAGAUCUUAGAUGAGUCUGAUGGUUAUUUAGACAGAAAGGUGAAGCGCCCACUUGCCCCGCUGGAGAUUCCAUUAGAGCCACGGAGUGCCCAUGAGGAGUUCUCUCUCUUUAAGCCUCCCGAAGGGGAACCCAAGAUCCGCACUUCUCCACAGCUACUUCUGGCUACUCACCGCUUCCUAUCCAGAGAAGUAGAGCACUUCAGCCCCGCACGUGUCUCAGAGAAGGUCUUGUUUCAUCUCCUCCGUCAUCCCAGUGUCAACCAAGAAGUGCACUUUGACCCCAGCAAUCGACUCAGCCCAAGCCACUAUCUCUACACAAGAAACCAUCCUGUGGAUUACUUCAUUCUACUACUACAGGGCCGAGUGGAGGUAGAGAUUGGCAAAGAAGGGUUGAAGUUUGAAAAUGGUGCAUUUACAUACUAUGGCGUGUCUGCUCUCACAUUGCCAUCUUCUGUGCAUCAAUCUCCCGUCUCAACACAGCGUCAAUCUCCCAGGGAUCCUUUUGAGCCAGGAGAUGCCACAAGUCCUUCUAGCUAUUGUCCAGACUACACUGUUCGAGCACUGACAGACCUACAACUCAUACGGGUUACUCGUCUACAGUAUCUGAAUGCUCUUAUGACGUCCCGUGUUGGUCAGAGUCCAGACCCUCCAGAGAUUAAGAUCCUCCCCAACAGUCAGACCAAGCUGCUCAAUGACAGAAACACAACACAAGGCAGCAGUAGAGCGCAGGAGAGCUCCACAGAAGAGGAGGCUGUUGGGUAGUGUCUCUGUUAAGACCAACCAGUUAUUUCAUUUUUGCUGUAUAACUGGAACAUUUUGGACAAGACUGGAGUGAGAUGAUUUAAACUGUGUUCCAUUGCAUUUACUCUUUACUCCAUUACGCCUCCAUAAUGUAUUAAGUUGUUCUAUCCACUUUGGGAAAUAUGUGUAUAGUUGAGUAUUAAUACAAGUUAUAAUUUUAAGUUGAUUUCUAACAGGUUGAGCCCUAUUUCUGUACUGAACUUUUCUUCAACAUUCCUCAUUGCCAAAGUUGUGUGUUUUGAUGGUCUGCCCUUUCUUUUAGACCUCAAACUAAAUGUUUCAUGUAAGCAGAUUUGCACAUAAACUUUGUGCACUGUGCCAUUGUGUAAGCUGGAAGGUACGUCCAUAUUUAAUAUCUUUCAUCUCACAGAGCUGACUGAUUAAGCCGUGCUGUGCACAAAAUAUAUAUAUUUUAUCUGUGAACAUGUAUAGCUACCUGGUUGUUGGAGGUCAAUGUUACAUUCCCUAACAUAUACAUUAUACACUGUUGGUAGUAGAUACGUUAUUUGGCAACUAAUAAUUAAAUUAAAUUAUUGGAUGAUGGACAAUGAACAAAACACAAAUAUCUCGUGGUGAAUAAAAACUUACUUUGAAUGAUUUUGGUUUAAAUCAAAACCAAACAUGCCAACCAAUGUUCAUGAGUUUUUUUUAUUCUUUUGUGAUGGGAUCUGUCACAUUGUCAUUGCCACUACAGAGCAUUAUACCUUUUGUUAUUAUCAUUGAUCAUGCAAGUUUUCUUCCAUACCCAAAAGCUUGGCAGAAAAGUUGCUUAGGUAUUACUGUUCAGCCUUUUUUAUUUUGAUUUAUUUAAUCUUAUUCAAGAAACAUUUUUUUUAUUUCUCUGAUGUGAAAUGGGUUUAAUUUUAUAAAAGGAUGCUGUUUGUUUGCUGUUUUUCAAAAAGACUGAAUGUAAAAAGAUACAUUGUCAUAAUGGGAGACAGAGGAGAUGUGACUAUUACUGCUAGUUCAGUGUUAUGUUUUAUUUUGUCCUUUUUAUUAAUCUGAAUUUUAUACAGUGUGUUCUAGAUUCCUCGAGUUCAUGUGAGACUUAUUAAGUGGUUCAAACUAUAUGAAUCAAAGUUGCCAAUUUUUGGCGCAUUGACAACACUAACUGCAUUUCUUAGAGAAAUAAAUCAGUUUUGCUGUUA